AUGAAAGUAGCUACCUCGGCCCUGCUCUUUGGAGCAGCGUCCGCUGCUAUCCCGCAGCAGCAGGUCCUUAAGGCUCCUGAGUCCUUCAAGGGCUUUGACACCAGCUCGUGGACAAAGCCGCUGCAGAACCUCGAGGAGAACCUCAAGUCGCUCACUGGCGAGGCACGCGCCAUCUGGGAUGAAGUCGCCAUGAUGUUCCCUGAGCAGAUGGAGAAGGCCGCCUUCUUCUCCAACCCCAAGCCACACACUCGCAAGCACGACUCUGAGUGGGACUACGUCGUCAAGGGCGCUGACGUGCAGAGUGUCUGGGUUGAGAACGAGAACGGCGAGAAGGAGCGCGAGGUCGAUGGCAAGCUUGAGAACUACAGCUUGCGUGCGAAGCACGUCGAUCCAAGUGUCCUCGGCGUCGACAAGGUCAAGCAGUACAGCGGUUACCUUGACGAUGAGGAGGAGGACAAGCACCUGUUUUACUGGUUCUUCGAGUCCCGCAACGACCCCAAGAACGACCCCGUAGUGCUUUGGCUCAACGGCGGACCUGGCUGUUCCUCGCUGACAGGUCUGUUCAUGGAGCUUGGCCCCGCUUCCAUCACAAAGGACCAGAAGAUCAAGCACAACGACUACUCGUGGAACAGCAAUGCUUCCGUCAUCUUCCUCGACCAGCCCGUCAACGUUGGUUACUCAUACUCCGGUGGCUCUGUCAGCAACACAGUUGCCGCUGGCAAGGACGUUUACGCCCUGCUCACACUCUUCUUCAAGCAGUUCCCUGAGUACUCAAAGCAGAGCUUCCACAUCUCUGGCGAGUCGUACGCUGGCCACUACAUCCCCGUCUUCGCCUCUGAGAUUCUGUCUCACAAGAAGCGCAACAUCAACCUCCAGUCUGUCCUGAUCGGCAACGGUCUCACCGAUGGUCUCACCCAAUACCCCGAGUACCGCCCUAUGGCUUGUGGUGAGGGUGGCUGGCCUGCCGUCUUGGACGAGAGCUCCUGCAGGGCCAUGGACAACGCUCUUCCCCGCUGCCUCAGCUUGAUUGAGAACUGCUACAACUCCGAGUCUGUCUGGAGCUGUGUGCCUGCUUCCAUCUACUGCAACAACGCUAUGAUCGGACCUUACCAGCGUACUGGUCAGAACGUCUACGAUGUUCGCAAGCCUUGCGGCAGCAACAGCCUCUGCUACGAUGAGCUUGACUGGAUCCAGGGCUUCCUCAACAAGAAGGAGGUUAUGAAGGCCGUCGGCGCUGAGGUCAGCAACUACGAGUCUUGUAACUUCGACAUCAACCGCAACUUCCUUCUUGGUGGUGACUGGAUGAAACCCUUCCACCGAGUCGUUCCCGGUAUCCUCAAGGAAAUCCCCGUUCUCGUCUACGCUGGUGACGCCGACUACAUCUGCAACUGGCUCGGUAACAAGGCCUGGACUGAGGCCCUUGAGUGGCCCGGCCAGAAGGAGUACAAGAAGGCCGAGAUGAAGGACUUCAAGAUUGACGGUGACGGCAAGAAGGUCGGUGAGGUCAAGUCGAGCGGCAACUUCACCUUCAUGAGGCUGCACGCUGGUGGCCACAUGGUGCCUUACGACCAGCCUGAAGCUUCUCUCGAGAUGGUCAACAGGUGGUUGUCUGGUGACUUCUGGGAGUCGUAG